ACACGGCGCCCGGUAACCCUUCACUUCAGUUGUGUGCGGCGAAUACUGUGCGGUGUUCUAAUUGAUUUCAGAUAUCAUUAUUCAUUGGAUUAUCAACAUCACCAAAGAUGUCUGAAAAACAUUUAAAAGCUGGUGACCCUCUCCCUCCAUACAAUGGAAAGCUCCGUCUGUUCGCCAUGAGGUUCUGUCCGUACGCUGAGCGCAGUGUGCUGGUCCUCAAUGCCAAGAACCUCCAGUAUGAUCUGGUCUUUGUCAACCUGGACAGCAAGCCGGAAUGGCUCUUUGAGUUCAAUCCAAAAGGUUCAGUGCCAGCAUUGGAAUACGAGCAAGGCAAAGCUAUCUUUGACAGUGCUAUCAUCAACACCUACCUAGAUGAGAAGUAUCCGGAGGUGCCGCUGCAGGCUACGGACCCACUCCGCAGAGCUCAAGACAAAGUGUUUGUGGAACUGUUCUUGGGGGCACACUCAUCCUUCUAUGUUGCUGCAUUCAACCCAGACGGGUUCCAGCCUUCCCACCUAGAAGCCUACAACAAAGGCCUGGAACGUCUGGAGAAGGAACUAGAAGCCCGUGGAACCAAGUUCCUGCACAGCAGCGAGCCGGGGCUGGUCGACUACACCAUCUGGCCGCAUCUUGAGCGGUUCGAGUCUCUGCCACUCCUCGGGAAAACUGACAUGGCUAUUGACAGCACUAAGUAUCCGCGUGUGGCAAGCUACUUAGAGGCGAUGAAGCAAGUGCCAGCCGUGAAACAAUACUACCUGUCUGCCGAGACUCACGCCAAGUUCGUCGAGUCCAAGACCAAGGGCGAGGCCAACUACAACAUGCUCGACACCAGCGAUGUCUGCUGCAUGCGCCCUAGGAAGAAGAAGCAGUUUUGUUUGUAUUUUGUAAUGCACGCACUGGCAUUGGCGUCUUGGAGGGUACUGGUGCCGCUAGUUCAGAAUUUAAAGUACGUGUUACCACUAUAUCGCGCUAUGGCAGGAACAGCUAAAAUUAACUUCGACACGAGACAUCUGAAGAAAGGCGAUCCUCUGCCCCCAUACAAUGGAAAGCUUCGGAUCUACAACAUGCGUUAUUGCCCUUACGCACAGCGCACGAUCCUCGUCCUCAACGCCAAGCAGAUCGACUACGAAGUUGUCAACAUUGACCUGAUCGACAAACCAGAAUGGCUCACCAGCAAAAGCCUUUUUGGUAAGGUGCCUGCAAUCGAAAUCUCAGAUGGCGUUUGCAUCGCCGAGAGCCUGGUCACGUCGGAGUAUUUAGACGAGGUGUACCCGCAGCGGCCGUUGUUGCCUAAAGAUCCGUUAAAGAAGGCGCUUGCUAAAAUCAUCGUCGAAGGAUCGGGACCAAUACAAGCAAUAACGUUUAAAAUCUCGAGAACCCCAGACCAAAUCACGGAAGAAAACAUAGCUGCGUACAGGAAGUUCUUGACCUAUAUCCAAGACGAACUAAUGAAGAGCGGAACCAAGUACCUUGGAGGGUCGGACCCAGGAUACGCGGACUACAUGAUCUGGCCUUGGUUCGAGAGGCUGGUGCCGCUAUCAGAGCUGUAUGAUGUGGUGAAGAUAGACGAGACUGAAUACAAAUUACUUUGGGAAUACAUAAACAACAUGUUCAAGGACCCAGCUGUGAGCCAGUACGCGGUGCCGAAGGAGAUUCUUUUUAAGCUUUUUGAGGCCUACAGAACUGGAGAAAAACCUAAUUAUAAUAUCCUUACUGUGGAGUAAUUAAUUUAACAACUUUAUACAUAUUUGUACAGUGUUAC